UGACUUCAGUGGCUGUUGUUCUUUCUACCGUUCGAAGAUCGGCGGCUACUUUAUCCAGUUCAGUGCAGUCCAGUAUGUAGUUUGUUCGGAAUCGUUUUUUCUAAUCUUACAUUUUGGAAUUCAUUCAACCUUCUUUGUGUGGCUUUCUUUGAAUCAAAUCUUCGGCUGAUGAUAGCAUUACUAAGAACUGUUAUGUGUAUUCUCACAAAAAAACAACCAUUGUGAUUUUUAAAUUUGUAUUAAAAUUAGUAAUGCGGUGCCUAUAAUAUAACAUAUUAUGUAUUAUAGGCAGUUUGAGGCAUGAUUUGUGAAAGGCAGUGUACUAACGUUUGGACAUUCCAACGUUAAUUAACUUGAAGUAUCGUGGCUCAGAGUGAAUCAUACCAGAUCAAGCGUAACAAAGUGACCAAGUUUUAUUCAAUGAUAGAAUCGACUUCAGCAGUGACAAAAUGUUGAAGACAAAAACCCAACAACAGAAAAACAUUCUGAACACGAUUAUCAGUGUUCUACCAGACAAUCGGCCAAUUACUUCCCUUCAACUUGUGGAAGACUACGAAAAGUGCCCACAGCACUUUCAACCAAUCAAUAAAACUUAUGAUCAGGAUCAGGAUGCGGAUCUUUGGCGAGAGAGCAUUUUGCUGGGUAAGAAACGGGCUCGUUAUUUGUGUCAAUCGAAAACGGAAGGGCUUCCGGAUUACAUAUUGGAAACACUGAAAGUGAUCGGUGACAAGGAAGCCUUACCAGAAGGGUUCUCGCAACUUACUCGCACAGCGGACACCGAACAGAAAGCGUGGCGAAAAAAGCAGCUUGUGUAUCGUCUUGCCAAAAAAGGGGUCGCCAAGCAAGCAAUCACAGACAUUAUUCUCUGUUCACGGCUGAGACAGGCUCCGGAAGGAUUUACGCUUGCUGGGGAUAUCAAUGGAAUAUUAAUAUGUUACAAAACAACACUGAUGGCCCACCGUGCACCGCCUAGUGUGCCUUCGAGACAAAGCAUCACCGAUCUGGAGAGAACAAUAGAAGAUCUGAAAUUCCAAGCCAGCCAAGAAAAGCCACUAUAUCCGGUGUCAUUAGAACCACUAGAUCAUGACUACGAACAAUUGCUGCCAUCAUAUCAAUUAUCACCGAAACGGCCUGCCCCGACUCUUCCGGCAUAUAAUACGGGGACAUUGAACGUUCAUACUGAGAUGGAGGAGGUGCCGUUUGUGCUGAAUCCUGCUCUGUGUAGAUAUUCAAUCGAGGUUCCUUCUUUAUACGAUGCAAGUGGAGCUAAACUGGAAUACGAUUUUCAUUUAGAGCGACAGAUACUUUGCACAACUAAGACAACGAAUGCUCAGAAUACGAAUCCGUUCUUCCAUUAGUAGAUGUGCAGCGCACUCUAGCACCCAUUUGCCAAGGAAAGUGACCGUAAUAGUUCGUAGUGUUGAGUGUAUAACCCGCCCACUUUAUUAGGUUUAUUAAUAUAUUGAUCAUAUACUAAAAUCAUCUUCCAUACAUAAUCGUGAUUAUCCCAAUUUACACAGUUAGAAUCAAGUAACCGUAUUGCUCAGUCAUUUGUGAGAUUAGUGCGCUCGUCAUGACUUAAGGGGACCUUCUCAUCAGCGACUCACAAAAAGGUGUUUUUUUUCUAAGUUUUAGUUGGACAUUGAAACAACAAGAGAAACAAAUUAUAUUUUGCGUGUUUUGAGCAUAUAUCUCCUUAGUUUUUUGAAUGUCAAAGUAAAUAAAAAUGGCAGAUUUAUGAUCAAUCUCGCACAGCAGUUCGCCGCGGAUAACUCAAACUCCGUGCAAGAUUCAACCCCGUAAUUUUUACCUAAAACAAAAAAUUGAAAUACUUCUUUAUUCGGAAGGCUUUUCUACACAUGAUAGAAUAUUAUGGUGAUUAAAAGAUGGAAUAUAAAAUAGUUUAGUUAUUACUAAAAGUACUCGAUUGUUUGGCCUAUUUUAACAGUAAGUGUGUUAAUAACAUUGUAAAACGAGCUUUUUUAAUGGUUUUUUAUUCAGUCUGUGCACAAUUAAAUUAUUUAAAAACAGUGUCUUACUUGUAUACACAGAAAUUAUAGUUUUUUUUUUGGAAUCCUGCACGAAGUUUUAAAAAACAUGGUUUUAAUAAAAUGGGCUUUAAAGUUUUUAGUAGGAAAAAAUCAAUUUAAAGGGAAUUGACAGGCAUAAUCAACUGUACUCUGAAACUUUGCAAGAAUAUUUUCCGAAAAAAAUUCCAACGAAUGAAUCCAAAACAAUCAAUUUUUUUGAAUCUGUUUGAUAAGCGGAUCCCCUUAAACAAUAAAUUCGUCAUUGAUAACGCUCGCUCAUUAGGAGGACUGGUCGAUAUUGAUGAAUGUGUCUAAAGAGCCUUGUAAGAAAGUAGUUGCAUCGGGUUGAAUAUUGACCAAGAAUCACCGGCAAAGGUAAAACCUUAUUGCAAUCACGUUAAAAAUAAGUAGAUUUUUUGCCCAAAUAGAUUGGCUAGUCCCCAUGAAAUUAGAUUAUCAAAGAAAUGGAAAUAUUAGUUUGAACAUCCAUAUACUUAAGGGCAUGUCAUAAAGGGCUGUAUGAAUAGAUUUUACCCAUAUGUUAUGACUAAAGAUUCGUAUUGUUGGUCCAUGCAGUUAAAUCAGCAUUUAAAAAACUUAGAACAUAAGUAGGCUACAAACUCCGUCUUUUUUCGUCGAAGGAUUGAACAGUUUACAACCUUCCAUUACUUAUUAUUUCUUCAAUAUAUUGAU